AUGCCGCCCCCUUCAGCCGUGCCCGAGAGGCGUCUUGCGCGGUCUGCGUCCGCUCGCUACCCGUCGCAUCUCGCUCGGGACGGCCGCGUCCGUGUGCCUCUGGCGACAAGGACUGACACCUAUGAACGGUUGGAGGAUCUGCUGAGGGAGGCGGGAUACAAGGAGACGCGUGUGUUCACUCCGGAGACUGAGCGAUACGAUGAGGAGGGCAAGACCGAGGGGCGAGGGGCGAGAGGAAUGGGUGCCGUCGUGAGCUUCAUCUCUGGUUUCAUGCGGCCUGCGAAGGAGGAGAAGGGCGGCCAGGGAGACUCUGGCGACAAGUCCGAGGGUUCGUCAGCUUUGCAAGGCGGCCCUUCUCCUCCCACCGCUCUUUCUCGCUCUACGUCGUCUCGGUCGUCGCUCGACCACGCACGGUCGUCUCAUGCAUCAUCCCCGAAGUCGGACUACAUCGACAUUACGUCUCCUAGACGCGCCGCUCGGCAAGCGCCACAUGCCAACGUCGCAGCCUACGACCAACUCGACUACCUCCACCGACAGCUGCCACACUCCCGUCCGAAACCACACAAUGCGCACUCUCAGCCUCUUCCCCAAUCCCGUGCUCGCGCCUACCUUCGUCACAUGGCAUCUGCGCCCAACAUGCCGCAGCGGCGCGCUGCUCCCGCGCAUACGCCCAGUCAACUGCAUCAGAGCCAGAGUUUCUCAGACGUGGAAGACGAGCCAACGCCCCCGCUACCAUCCACCUGGCUCGAAGCCGUCGCGAAAGCUGUCUUGGGCAGCGGAGUCCCUGGCGCGCACGCCGGCCGCCCGACAGCGCAUACGUCUCUUGGCCGUGCACAGUCGAAGACAAAGUCAAAACGGUCUCACUCUGCACUGUCGGAUCGGACGAACGCUCGCGCGCUCCCGACGAUCAUGUUGCCACGGUCUCAGUCGAGUACGGCUCCCGUUGUAUGCACCACGCAAGUCAUGUGCCAGUCGGCGCCGGGAUCUCGUUGCCCAUCCCGCGCGAAUAGUAUUAAGAGCCUGCGGCGCGGAAGGGACAGCGUCAAGAGAUCGCGAAACACGGACAGGGACCGCCUCCCGUCGCUGGCCAGCACGCGUGUUGAAGGCGAUAUGCUGGCUCUCUAUCUCGAGGGAGACGGCAAAGUUCGGGCCUCCGAAGAUGCGGAGUUGGACGACAGCAGCGACGAGGAAGGCGAGAUUGACCUUGCACGCCUCCUUGUCCCGCCUAGACGGCAGAACUCCAUCAAGAGUCUGCGGAGGCACCUCCACCGGGAGGAAAGUCUGACAAGGCUGAGUCGGGCGAAUGUGAGGGCCAGGGCGCCGAAGUGGGACGAGGAGAAUGAUGGAUUUGUUUGGGGGGUACGGGAUGGUGAGGCAGAGGAGGAGCGGUGGGGGACGUUCGAGAGGUCAGGGUCAAAGAGGAGGAGGGCCAUUCCUAACGGGUGGGUGCAGUGGACUGGCUCAAGGGCAUAGAAGGCGGUCAAGACGUGCAGAGUUCCCCGUAACCCAAAGCGAGCAAGACAAGAAGUACAAGAAGAAGAAUACAGCAAUUAUACGCAUCGUUCACUACAUCGCAUCCACAUAUUUAUUCCAUCUUGCCGUUUAAUCAUACGGACCUUGGCCAAGCUCGUCUUUUCUCUAGUACGCAUAUCAUACUCUCCGCAUCAUUUUAUCGUCCAUCUGCCUACCUACAUGCACUCGUUUGAAUGUCGCCUAAUUCGUCUGCACACGCGGAGGGUUGCUAUAGAGGAUUUCAUUAGGACCCUGGCGCAGACCAG